GUCAUCAGAAGUUCCCCGGACGGAACCCAUGGGUCAAACCAGCGAUUUAUUUGUCCCGUUAGACUUUAGUUAAUCUGCUCCUCGCUUUCUCUCUCCCCCUCCCCCUCUUCUCUACCACAAUUACAAUCUCCUCCGAUCCCUCGACACAAGUCUUCUUCUGCUUCUCACAACUACCCCUCAAUUCCUGCUGCACUCCCUUCUCAAAAUCUCGCUCACCGAUCCACGACUCCAUCCGCAACGGAUCUCCCGCUACCCCUGAUUUCGCCGCUUCAAACCACAUUUCCGUAGACCAUGGCUUCCACCUCCGGAGUAGGGUCGUAUUCGAACCCUUUGAAGAAAUUCAAGCUGGUUUUCUUGGGAGAACAGAGUGUGGGAAAAACUUCCCUGAUCACGAGAUUUAUGUAUGACUCCUUCGACAACACAUAUCAAGCCACAAUUGGAAUCGACUUCUUGUCCAAGACAAUGUACCUGGAAGAUAGGACUGUUCGCCUUCAGCUCUGGGAUACUGCCGGUCAAGAGCGAUUCCGUUCCCUGAUUCCCUCCUACAUUCGAGAUUCGAGUGUCGCCGUGGUGGUCUACGAUAUUUCCAAUGCCAAGUCCUUCCAGAACACCCGGAAAUGGAUCGAUGAUGUCCGCGGAGAGCGUGGUAACGAUGUCAUCAUUGUUUUGGUAGGCAACAAGACGGAUUUGAACGACAAGCGCGAGGUUACGACGGCGCAGGGUGAAGAGGAGGCCAAGAAAAAUGGACUGAUGUUCAUUGAAACGAGUGCGAAGGUUGGCCACAAUGUCAAGCAGCUUUUCCGGAGAAUUGCCCAGGCCCUACCGGGCAUGGAGGGAGAAGGCAACAGGGGAGACAACCAAAUGAUUGAUGUUAACAUUAGCCCGAAAGAGACUACGACCAAUGAUGGAUGCGCGUGCUAAGUACUGCUCGGCAGGUGCCGACUCAGACUCUUCUUAUAAUCUUCUUCUUACUCUCCUGCCUAAACCUCAAUGACGAGGCAUGAGAUUGUCUAUAAUGUUUCCGCAUCGUCAACAUGUACAUUUCCUCCUGUCCCCUUCUUUCGAGUGAAUAGCGUGUCUAGAUCAAGCUUCAACAUUUCGUCUAAUCUUAAUCGGAAUGAAUCC